CAGAGUGGGGAUGGGAUGGAGACAGGUUCUUUCAUUCCAUCCUCCCCCUUCCCUCCCGGGGCCCUAGAGGGUGACUGAGGAAAAGGGGGCAGGGAGACAGACUGAGACAGAGGAAGAGAUGGGAUGGGGCAGUACCGACCCUAGGCUUUUCUUACCGAGAGCCCCCACCAAAGAUGAAGAGGAAAGAUGAGGGGAAUAUGGGAGUGUAGCCUGAUAGUAGUGCACCAGAUGGGAUGGGAACAGGUUCUUUCUACCCCCUCAUUCUACUGGAGCCCCUAAUGAUGACUGAGGAAGGGGGUCCUGCAAACAUGAAAUGUCAUCACGGGGACCCCAUACUCUUCUUUGAAGGAGCCUUGGGGAAGACGCAGAGUGUGGACUGAUGAGAUGGGAUCGGAUCGGAAGGGAUGGGGGCAGGUGCUUUCUUUCCACCUCCUCCCUCACCCCCUGCUCUUGGCUUCCCGGAACCCCUGAAGAUGAAGGGAGGCUGGGGAGGCGGAGAGGAAUCACAAAAUUCAAGAAAGGGAGACAAUUUCUGCCCUCUGCUAGAUUUAGGAAAAAGGGAAUAAAAGUUGUAGGAACAUGGAAACCUGUGAAGAUUGACCCACAUGUGUUUGCUGAUGGGCAACUUGAGGACUUGGUGUGUUUUGAAGAGCUUCACGAUUAUAAAUUGGUAGGUGCCUCAAAACUGUCAUCGAAAGAAAAACCCAAGAAGAGAAGGUCUGGUGCCGAGGUAUCUGAGGGGGAGAGAGAAGAAGAAACAACUUCCCAGCCUAAAAAGAAGAGGAAGAAGAACAGAGACCGAGUAACAGAGACAACUGUUAAGAAAGAGAAAGAAAACCCUUCAGUUGCAGAUGAAGACCUAAUUUCCAAGGAAGUUGUACUCAAAUAUACACUUGACACAGACUGUGAGGAUGGUCCCCAAGAAGGUGGGGUUGUGGAAACCAUAAGCCCUCCUAAAAAAGAAAAGAAAAAGAAGAAAAAGACAGGAAAAAAAGCACAACCAUCUUCUCCGGCUGCCCCUUCAAAAGUGCCCUCUAAAGUAAAGACUUGGACAGCCAAGUUGGAUGAUCAGAAAGCUGAUGUCUCUGCCUGGAAGGACCUUUUUGUGCCUGAGCCAGUCCUUCAGGCAUUGAGUUCCUUGGGCUUCAGUGCUCCAACUCCUAUUCAAGCUUUGGCCUUGGCCCCUGCCAUCCGAGAUAAUCUGGAUAUCCUCGGUGCUGCAGAAACAGGAAGCGGGAAGACCCUGGCCUUUGCCAUCCCCAUGAUUCACUCAGUGUUGCGCUGGCAGGAGGAACAGAAACAGACCAGCCAGGGGCAGGCUGGAGGUCACUCUGAGGAUGAUGGAGCGUGCUCAGGGGAUGAGGGUGAUUCUUCUGAUGACAGUAAUGAAACACUGCACCCCCCACCAGUGGAAAGAGAAGAAGAGGAUGAAGACCUAUCUCACAGUUCAGGUGACAAAAAGGAGUCUGGUGACAUAAAGCUGGAGUUUGAUGAUGAAAAGCUCCACAGAAAGUGUAGUAACCCAUUGCUUGGACUUGUUCUGACACCCACUAGGGAGCUGGCUGUGCAAGUCAAACACCAUAUUGAUGCUGUGGCUAAGUUUACAGGCAUCAGAACUGCUCUCUUGGUUGGUGGGAUGGCUCCUCAGAAACAGCAAAGGCUGCUGACUCGCCGGCCAGAAAUUGUGAUUGCCACACCCGGGCGUCUGUGGGAGUUAAUUAAAGAGCAACACCAUCACCUCUCAAAUCUCAAGCAGCUCAGGUGCCUUGUGAUUGAUGAGGCAGAUAGAAUGGUUGAAAGAGGCCACUUUGUGGAACUCUCCCAGUUGCUGGAAAUGCUGAAUGACAGCCAGUAUAAUCCGCAAAGACAGACAUUUGUAUUUUCUGCCACGCUGACUUUGGUCCACCAGGCACCUGCCAGAGUAUUUCAGAAGAAAAAUGCCAAAAAAAUAGACAAGACGGGCAAGCUGGACAUGCUGAUGCAGAAGAUUGGGAUGAGGGGAAAACCAAAGGUGAUAGACUUAACAAGGAAAGAGGCCACAGUGGAGACCCUGACCGAGACCAAAAUCCAUUGCGACAAAGAGGAGAAGGACUUCUAUCUCUAUUACUUUCUGCUUCAGUACCCAGGGAGAACUAUGGUCUUUGCCAAUAGCAUUGACUGCAUCAAACGACUCACAGCUCUCCUCUCCAUCCUGGACCGAGAUCCACUUCCUUUGCAUGCAAACAUGCACCAGAAGCAAAGAUUAAAAAACCUAGAGCGGUUUGCUGAACGAGACAAUGGUGUUCUCCUAUCAACAGAUGUGGCUGCUCGGGGCUUGGAUAUUCCAGAUGUUCAGCAUGUCAUCCAUUACCAGGUGCCUCGAACCUCAGAGAUAUACGUGCACCGGAGCGGCCGAACAGCCCGAGCGGCUAAGGAAGGCCUCAGUUUGCUGCUAAUUGGACCAGAAGACAUGAUCAACUUCAAGAAGAUUUACAAGACUCUUGAGAAGAACGAGGAGAUUCCAUUAUUUCCCAUUGAAAUAAAGUGCAUGAAAGCAAUCAAGGAACGAGUAAAUUUAGCACGACAGAUCGAGAAGGAAGAAUACUACAAUAGCCGAGCAAAGCAGCACGAUGCCUGGUUCCAGCAAGCUGCCGAUGCUCUUGAAAUAGAUCUGGACGAUGAUGUAUUCCUAGGAGGAAGACGAAAUGAAGAAGAAGAGAGUCAGAAACAAAAGAUGAUGAAGGGAAUGAAAAAACAGUUAAAACAUCUGCUUUCCCAACCUGUAUUUAAAAACCUCAUGAAGACCAAGUAUCCGACGCAGUUUGGAAGGCUGACAGUGCCCGAGGUGCCCCUUCAUGCUUCAGAAUCUGCUUUGAGCACUGUAUCCCAGCAGAAGAAGAAGAGAAAGAAGAAACAACCAGUCAUGAGUAUAAAUUAACUUCAGACAGACCAAGGUUUGGUGGUGACAGUAGCGUGGUAGCUCUGUUCAGCCCUCCUCCUCCCCGUCUGCUCUGCUCUUGUGGGUAGCAACACUCUCCCUGCUUUUCUCACAACAGGGAAAACAAUGCCAUGGCCGAUUAUGCAGUUGGACUAGUCAAGAGUUAGCAGCUCUUACUCAUCCCAUUCAUCCAGUUUCUGCUACGUCCCUAAUGUGUGGAGAGAUUUUUUUUUUUUAAAUUAAAAGCUCUGGCUUU